AGCAUACUGUACACAGAACUAGCCCACGUUGCGGACAGUGGCUUUCGUGGCGCCGCCGUAAUGCCGCUGUGAAUGGCUUGUUCCUGUUUCAGCUAAGGCAAACCAGGAGUGUUGGUAUAGAUGCCUAGGUCCUAUGCUCAAUCACUCUGUACUCCCGUCUAUUUGUUGGAGCACACAUUCAUCGAUCUACCUCAAACUCGAGCAGCACUACCAUCAUGGGUCAAACAGCACUAAAUGCUGAGCCGUUGGCCACCCCCCUCCAGAUGUUGGGAAAUGUGCAAUUUGAUCCCUCAAGCCCCCCAAAGGUUAAAUGUCCAUUCUGCCGCCAGGUCACCACGGUUGAACGGGAGGAAGUCCGUAAAGGCACCGAGCUAUGGAGGAACCUAUGCUGUAUAUUGUCAGCUCCUUUCUGCUUCUGCAGUUAUGUGUACUGCUGGGACUAUGUUGACUUCUUCUGUGCUGACUGCCAUUCCAAGGUGGCGUGCCAGGAGUCUGAGAGAACGGGAUCCGGCCUAGUGGUCUACGGACCUGGAGGUCAGACUCAGAUGUAUCACUGGAGCACCACAGCUUAG